AUGGGGGACAACGGUUAUGACACUGGAAUUCAGAAAUACCCUGGACAGAGAUCGUACAUCAUGUAUCAUGGCACUACAAUGGCAAAGGCACUACAGAUCCAACGUCAAGGAUUCAUGCGCUCUGCAGAUGGCAUGCUGGGUCCAGGAGUCUACGUGAGUAGGAGUAAAGAGAAAGCUUCCCGAUACCCUUUAAAUGAAACCACCAAAAGGCUGCUCACUGGAGAACACUGCCCUUUGGCCAUUCUUAAACUCAGUGUUCGAGUGGGAAAAGUGAAGAGGAUUGAUUGUCAGGGUCAUCCCUUACAGAAAACUUGGCAUCAGCACGGUUAUGACACUGCUUGGGUCCCUGCAAACUGUGGAAUGGUGGACAGUGGAUUAGAGGAAGACUGUGUUUAUGAUCCGAGUCGAAUCAAGGUUUUGGAGAUUAUACCAAA